AUGGGCUGGCGGCUGCUGCUGCUGGCCCUGGCGCUGGGCGGCCGCGUGGCCACGGCGCAGAACGACACGGAGCCCAUCGUGCUGGAGGGCAAGUGCCUGGUGGUGUGCGACUCCAACCCGGCCCCCGACUCCAAGGGCUCGUCCUCCUCGCCGCUGGGCAUCUCCGUGCGGGCGGCCAACUCCAAGGUGGCUUUCUCGGCCGUGCGGAGCACCAACCACGAGCCCUCCGAGAUGAGCAACAAGACGCGCAUCAUCUACUUCGACCAGAUCCUUGUAAAUGUGGGCAAUUUUUUCACGUUGGAGUCUGUCUUUGUAUCACCACGGAAAGGAAUUUACAGUUUCAAUUUUCACGUAAUUAAAGUCUACCAGAGUCAAACAAUUCAGGUGAAUUUGAUGCUGAAUGGGAAGCCAGUGAUCUCUGCUUUCGCUGGGGACAAGGACGUCACCCGUGAAGCCGCCACCAACGGGGUCCUGCUGUACCUGGACAAGGAGGACAAGGUUUACCUGAAGCUGGAGAAAGGAAAUCUGGUUGGUGGGUGGCAGUACUCCACAUUCUCUGGCUUCCUGGUCUUCCCCCUGUAAAGUCAAUUUUCCCGUGGCGUUCAUCC